CUUCUUCGGCGUCCACACUCCACUCCAACGCGCGCAAACACCACCGGUGGACGCUAUACGCAGAUCUAUCCGAAAAUACUUCUAAUCCGGCCACUCGUGGCUCAGCCGCUCAGGCAGUCAGGCGUCCCUCAGAACCCAUGGCUCCGGUGAGGAUCGUCGCUGUCAGCUACGUCGCUGCGCCGGCCGACGCGGUGCCACCGCCCGAGCCUAUCAAGCUCAACGCCAUGGAGGCGCAGUGGGUCGUGGCCCCGGUGCUGCAGCACCUCCUGCUCUUCGAGGGCGAUCAGCUGCCGCCCUUCGACGCCGUCGUCCAGUCCCUCCGGUCUUCCCUCGCGUCGACCCUGACCUCCUACGCUCCGCUCGCCGGCAAGCUCCACUACCUCGCGGACACCGGCGAGGUCGCCAUCUGCUGCCGCACCGCCGGCGACGACGGCGUCCGGUUCGUUGUCGCGGAGACCGACGCCGACGCCCGCAGCCUCGCCGGCGACGCGGACCACGACGUGCUCACGUUCGAGCAGCUCGUUCCAGAGGUCGACAUGGCCUUGCUGCCGGCGCCGGUUCUGGCCGUGCAGGCGACGCGCCUCGGGGGAGGCGGCGGGGUGGCUCUCGGGUUCACGCUGCACCACGGCGUCGCCGACGGGCGGUCGCUGUGGAAGUUCGUGGAGGCGUGGGCGGCGGUGUGCCGAGGGGACACGCCGCCCGCGCCGCCGGUAUUCGACCGUUCCCGUGUCAAGAUGCCUGGCGGCGAGGAACUGGCCCGGAGUGUCUUGCGAAAGUACGCGCCAGACUUGCCUGUGGUAACCGUGCCCGAUGUCUGGCACCAAGAUCGCCUGCGGUUUACCCGCCGGACGUUCAACCUGGACGCGCCGCGCAUCGCGCGGCUGAAGCAGGCCAUCGCGCGCCUCGCCGAAGCCCAAGGCGGCGCGCCGCUGCGACGCCCUCCGUCCACCUUCGCCGCCGUCAUCGCGCUAGCCUGGGCCUCCGCCGUCCGCGGCAGGUCCAUCCCGGCGGAGGACGAGGUGUUCCUCUUCUUCCUGGCCGACGUCCGCGACCGCCUCGACCCUCCCGCCGGCGCCGACUACUUCGGCGCGUGCCUCGCCGGCUGCAUCGCGAGGGUGCCGGCGCGGGAGCUCCACGGCGAGGGCGCGCUGGCGGCGGCGGCGGCGGCGAUCCAGGACGCGGUCGGGAAGAUGGUGGAGGACCCGCUCGGGUGUUGGCCCGGGUGGGAGUUCCUCAAGUUGGCCGCCGCCAGCGGCCUGACGGUCCCCGCCGAUCGGUUUAUGAACGUGUCCGGGUCGGCGGGCUUCAGGGUGUACGAGGUCGCCGACUUCGGGUGGGGGAAGCCGCGGCGGACGGAGAACGUGAGGAUGAACCUCGACGGGCAGGUGGCGCUGGUCCGCGCCAGGGACGGCGCCGGGGUGCAGGCGUCGGUGUCCAUGCUGCGGCGGGAGCACGUCGACGAGUUCGAGUCUGAGAUGCUCAAGCUACUCGGAUGAUUUUGCAAGCUGCAAUUAAAUUCAGGUAAUGUUUGGAUGACUAGUUCAUGGGCUAAACUUUAGUCCCUAAAUUUUAGCCCCUAAACUUUACUCCCUAAAUUUUAGCCCCUAAACUUUAGUCUUGCUGGGUUGUUUGGAUCCAUGAGCUAAACUUUAGUUUCUCAUCAAACAAUGACUGAUUUGCCCCUUGUUAA